AUGGGUUUUCUCUGCCCUAUAACGCUAACACCUAAACUACUCAUACAAAAGACAUGGUUGUUAAAAAUUGGUUGGGAUACAAAUAUACCCGAAGACAUAGGAAAAGAGUUCUAUUCGUGGAUUGAUGAUUUGUCACUUUUAUCCAGUAUUAUAAUUCCAAGGGCUUUAGAUAUAAAUGGAAAUGAAAGUCUUAGUCUUCAUACGUUCUGUGACGCAACUAAAAGUAGAGUUAGUUCAUUAAGAAAAAUGACAAUAAAUCGUCUAGAAUUAGAAUUAUUGUCCUGCUGUAUAGGAGUCAGACUCGCAGCUCUUGCUUUACAAACACUCAACUUAGACAACGUUCCAAGGAACUAUUGGACAGAUUCGAGUACUGCUCUUUCUUGGAUCCAAAGAGAUGACCAUUGGGCACCAUUUGUCGCAAAUAGAACAUGGAGAAAGAAAUUAUGGCCAAACCCUGAUGUUGAAGAAUUGGACAUUGUUGAGAAGAAAUUAGUGAAGAUCGUUCAACAAGAAGCAUUCUCUAGUGAAGAACCGUUGAAGGGACAUUUUACUUUCAGGCAUGAAGAAGGGAUUAUAAGAUCGAAAACGAAGAUUUUGAGAAGACAUGAUGAUGAAAAUUUCCGGCGCCCCAUUGUACUUCCAUCCAAACAUGAAUUAGUAGAAAGAAUGAUACAAGACUACCAUUUACAACUUUUACAUGCUGGUAUUCAAGUUCUUUUGACCAAUAUUCGUCAAAAAUUUUGGAUAAUAAAAGGAAGAAAAACAGUACAGAGAGUCAUAUCGAAGUGCGUUCGGUGCAAGAGACACUCGGCGAAAGCUCUUAAUACAGUGCCUUGUCCUCUCCCAGAAGAUCGAGUCAGAGAUGCUUAUGCAUUUGAGGUGACAGGUGUUGAUGUAGCAGGACCACUUUAUUUAAAAGAAAAUAGAAAAGCUUGGAUCUUACUUUUUACUUGUGAAGUUUAUUGUGCGGUUCAUUUAGAAUUAAUUGAAAGCUUAUCGACUAAUAGAUUUUUUUCUCGGAUUUAG